CGAGAUGGGUAGCCCGGAGGUUGUACUUAUCGACGGCGUCCCCUCGGUGCCUUUCCCUCUUCUCUGGUCCUAAUAUCCAUACUGCGUUGACACAUUCAUAUCUCAUCCACCUUCCUCCCGGACGCGGCUCAUUAAUUUAUUUUUACUUCUUCUCUGGAUCUUCUCCAAACAACUUAGCUGUCUGUUUUAACUGAGUGCGGCCACUAAGCUAUGCCCGCUAUGACCAUUACGCUGAGUGACCAGACACAUACCAUGUCUGAGGCCUCACCGAAGAAGGAUGGCAUCGCCGGGACAGAAGUCAAGAAGCCAGGCGCUCGGCAUGGCCAUUCCCAGAGCAACUGCCAUCACCUGCCGCCUCCCCCAUCGCAACCCACUGCGGAAGGGGAAUACCGAUGCGGAAUCUGCAACAAGACAUAUAGUCGACGUGAUCUGCGGGACCGGCACCGUCGCCGUUGUAUUAAGAACAUUGGCCAGGAACGCCAGUCCAAGCGCAAAUCCUGCGACGCCUGUGCGCAAAAGAAGCUGCGGUGUUCCAUGACCCGGCCCUCCUGUAGUCGGUGUCUGCAAAGCCGAAGGCCUUGCGUGUAUCCGCAGUCUUCUGUUCCUGUUCAAACUCCCAGUCUUGAUGAUCCCCAGGAUAAUAUUGCUUCGUCUGCUGGUUCCAUACACCCUGUUCCGAUCUGUGCUGGUAUAAUACCUGGUGGCACGACAUGGGCCCUUCCAACAUAUCCGUUCGACACACCAUCUACCGCGGAUGAACUACACGAUAUCUCGGGCUCCUCGUGGAGCCCCGAAACUCCAACGAAUGCCGAACUUGCGUUCCAUGCCGUUAAUGAGAGUACUAUGCUUCCAAUGCAAGAUGCCUCGUUGAUGAAUUCUCCGCCCUGGCAAGACGAUCUUCAUGAACAGUCCGAAACAUUUGGGCUGGAGGAGUUCUUUCCCGGGUCGCUUGACAGUUGUUCGCACGCUAUGUAUAUGCCACCGACGAUGAGGUCCUCUCCAGUGACCAUGGUCCCUCCUACUCCGGCUACUCUCUCGGGUGACUCUUAUGCCGCUGGAGGCGGACUGAAUAUGUCGUCGGUAUCUCCUGGAUAUUUCGAUAAUAUCUGGCCGGAUAUGGCUUCCAACGACGAAGAAAACGAAACUUGGCGGUUCAGCACGUACACACAUAGCCGCACAGGAUCGGGGUUCGGCCAAAGCUUCCUGCCCAAGACAAGCCAUCAUAGCCCAGGUGACGUUGGUGACCUCUACCAAGAGCUGUUCAGUCUGCUACGCGAGUACCCUGGGUUGGCUCUGCAGAGACAGUUCUACUCGCCCUUUCUACAUCAUGAGCUACAGGGGUAUGCGAUGCAAUCAAUGGGCCAGCCACUUAGCACCACUCUGAGUUCGAUAUCAUCCUAUGCUAAUUAUCUGGAGACCUGCGAUACAUUUGACCUGUCAAUGCACAAUGGGGAGCGCCUUGCAGCGGCAGAAGGCUGCGUAGUAGCGCUUCAUGCGGUGUGUGUUCAACAGAUCUUGAGCCUUUUCGGAGACAAUUUCGCCACCAACGGCCUCAGCAAGCUUCCAAGCCUUACAGGCGAUCAAGGGCACCCCGAGACCCCUGUUGACAUUCUCUUGAGGAUGACGCAACGGGUCUACAAACUUCACGAGGACAUUCUUCGUACCCCCCAUGAAGAUGAAACGGAUUGGCGGCGAUGGAAAUUCGCCGAAUCCCUGCGACGUAACAUUUUCUUUGCCAAUAUAAUCCGCACAUUAGCAGGACGGGCCCGCCGUUACAACGGGAUCAACAUUGACCCGCUAGAUAGCGCGAUCCUUCUUCAGCUGCCGUUGCCGGCGCCGGAGGAAAUGUGGCGAGCACGCAGCGAGGGGGAGUGGAUGAUAGCCCGCGCACAGACGCAGCGGUCGUGGGCGCGGGGGGUGGAUGGUAGCAUGCUGCCAGCCCUGCGGACCCUUCAACAAUUGUUGGUAUUGGAAGAGGUUGGCAGUGUAAGUGUUACGUUAUUGCUUCCCAUCACACGCAUGAUUCUGGCGUGCGCCAAGCUCAAUGGAGCUUCAUAUGGCUGAGGUGGACCGGUGGGCCCGGCGAUAGGGCGAUUAUGAUCGUCACGGUUGAAAUUUUUUGGCAUGAUUUCUUGUUUCUAAAUACCCUGUUCUUCUCACGAAGACUACGAUCAUCGUGGGAUGUAUAGUUCUGUGUGCCCGCUAGAGAGGUAGACUAGAUUUGGAUUGUGCGAGG